AUGACCAGAGCCUUUUCGACAUCGGAGAACGACUAUGUCACCAUAAAAGAGUUAAUGGAACGACGGCAGGGAUAUAACGAGAGUUUGGAGGAUUAUAUUUCUGCGAUGCACAAUCUGCAGUUUAAACUAAGAAAUAAGAUUCCAGAAUCCAACCUGGUGGAGAUAUUGAAGGAGAACCUUAAUUCGCAGAUGGGAGCCUUUUUGUUGGCGUCAAGCAUAUCGACAUUAGCCGAGCUUAAGAGGGAAGGAAUACGGGUCGAAAAAUGGUUGAAGGACAAGAGGUCGCGCCCGCGGCACGUUAACGAAAUCAUAAAUGAAUCGGAAAAAGGAUAUGAAGCCGAUGACUACCAGGUGGAGGCUUUUCAGAACAACCGGCCACCGAAGGGAGCUGGAAUGUCUGAUCGGAGAGCCGGGGAAGACCGGUCAGAAAAACGACACGCCGAGACAAUAAAAGAGGCGACCUCAAGCCCCGCACAGAUAUCGUCUCAUAAGACAUGGUAUCAGCGUAAGGCAGAGUACGAGGAGGCUCGCGCCCGUAUCUUUAAUACGGCACAAGAGGAAGAAGACGAAAGGAGUAACCGGAACAAUAAGAAACUUCGACACCUGCACCAGACCCUGGAGACUGCACGGGAACUUAAAAGAAAAUUAGUUGCGUCUAUCAUCAGCCUGAAAAAUGACAACCGUCUUUUUGGCAAGACAAAAGUAGACGGCGAAGAGAUUGUAGCCUUAUUGGAUACAGGGGCAAGUGCCAACUGCAUUGGCAAAGGAGCGGAGCUGUUUUUACAACGGAGGCAGCAUAAGAUGCAAAGAUUAACCAGACAAAACGUACAAACGGCCAGUGGGGGGAAAACUCAAGUUACAGGCAUAAUCACUCUGCCGGUAGAAUGGGAAGGCGAAACAAAAGAAUUGGAAUUUUUAAUAGUGCCCGCCCUACAGCAACACUUUUAUUUCGGAAUAGAAUUUUGGGAGGAAUUUAAGUUGCCUUUACCGGGGAAACGCCUAUUAGAGGUUGCGCAGUUAGAUACAGUAGCGCCCGAAGAAGAGAAUCCCGAGCGCCCCGAAACUGCAUACACCCCACACAAACUUACCGAACAACAGGAAAACACCCUUAAAAAGGUAGUUUACACCUUCCCAUCCUGUACGGAUAUGGGCUUAGGGAAAACCGAGUUAGAAGAACAUGUCAUAGAGGUUACCCAGGAGAAUUUACCUAUCAAGCAGAGGCAUUAUCCCAUCUCACCAGCAAAACAGAAACUGAUGCGGAGAUUUUUGGGAAUGACAGGGUGGUACCGGCGUUUUAUACAAAACUACGCUCAAAUGGCAGAACCGCUUCAUGAAAGCCUCAAAAAGGACCGAGUCAGGAAAUAUGAGCUCGAGGAAGAGGGUAUUAAAGCCUUUGAGGCACUGAAGACCAGCCUGGUAUCAGCACCUGUGUUAACAACACCGGAUUUUUCAAAACCUUUCACGAUUCAGUGCGAUGCAUCGACGACCGGAGUCGGAGGGGUGUUGUUCCAGACAGAUGAAGAGGGUGGCGAGCAUCCUAUCGCGUACAUAUCCUCGAAACUGGACAAAGCCCAAAGGAACUACAGCAUCACUGAACUUGAAUGUUUAGCGGCAAUAUUGAGCAUCAGAAAGUUCCGCCCAUACGUUGAAGGAAUGCCUUUCAAGGUCAUAACAGAUCAUGCUAGUCUAAAGUGGCUCAUGGGCCAGAAAGAUUUAUCAGGCAGACUAGCAAGGUGGAGUUUGAAACUACAGGCCUUUGAUUUUGAAAUCGAACAUCGGAAAGGGUCACAAAAUGUGGUUCCAGAUGCGCUUUCAAGGGUACAUAUGGAUGAAGUAACAGCGGUACUUAGGGAUGCGGCAGAGAUUAACAUAGACCUACAAUCAGCAGCGUUCCAGUCGAAAGAAUACAAAGAAUUGGCUCAAGCUGUUGAAAAACACGCAGAAAAGACUCCGGAUACCCAAACGUCCGAAGGAUACGUUUAUAAGAGGGUAGGAUUCCGAACAGGCGAAAUAAUUAAUGAGGACCGUGCUUGGAAGCUGUGGGUUCCAGAGGAACUUCGGCAGGACGUAGUUCAUCACGCCCAACAUUCUCAAAUGGCAGGACAUGGCGGCAUACACAAAACUUUAGCUCGACUAAGGCAGUUAUAUUACUGGCCCGCAAUGACGGUUGAUGUACAAAGAACUGUUAAGAAUUGUGAAAUUUUGCAGAGUCAGCAAAACAACGAACAAAUCCAGCCGACCGCCAAUGGGAAAACAACGAAUAACUGA